AUUUUCACGACGGAACAACAAAACUCACACAGAGGCUGCGUCUGGUUCAGUAAGUCGGUUUUACGAAAACAAAAGGCGUGGGCUUUUUUUUUCCUUGAGGAAGAAUCCACACACAAAGACGAAAUCUCAUCGAUAAUCAGGAAUGGGUUGGGUCUGGAGAGACGAUUCAUCCGCUUCCGACGCUGGUAACGAUGUCACCGAUCAAACACUCGGACAUUCCGGCGGCGAAGGCAAUUGCUCCACCACCACGGUGGUGAGAUCGCAGUGCAAGACGGAGGAGGUCGAGCCCGGAAAGUUCGUCAGGAAGUGCGACAAAACCGAGGAGAUCCUCCGCCACUGCUUUGGAAAGCCCUCUGAAGUUGUUCAAUCCACAACAGAGCACACCGAAGAGGACGUCACAAACCAGAUGGUGGGGAAAUCCGCUCUACCGAAUCUGUUUGAGGAAAAUCCGCUAAACUUCCCGGGACUCCGCAGCGACGUAGACGCCAUCGAACGCCAUUUCUUCAGCGGGAUGAAGAGUUUCUUCGAAGCUGCGGAAGAGAUGAGAAGCAGCUUGUUCGAUAUCAUGGGAGACGAGCAUCACUCGAGCACAAGGAGAGGGAUACCCAUUGAAGACCGUCUCAAGGUAGAGGAGCACCGCAAUGACGAAAGUGCCCCUAGACAGUCGUACUCCUCUGGAGAAAUUGAUCUCUCGGGCUUGGCCAAGGACGUUUGAGAGGGAAAGGUCUUCGUCAUCUAAUCUUCUUCCUUUUGACAUAUAUAAAUCUUAAAAUACUAUGUAAUAUGACCUUAGUAUAAGCGUGGGGAUUGUGGUCUAAUGUUAGCGGCAUGCACGUUUUGCCUAGUGGUUGGUUUUAUCUCCAUCAUCAUACUACUAUAUUACUAUGUUUGUGUCUUUUCUUUAAUCAUACCAACCAAAAAUAUGUUACUAUCACUUUUGUCUGAAGUUCAUUUUUUAUAUAUGUAACAUCUUCUUGUCUGAAAGUUAUCUAUAUCUCGUAGUUUUUCAUUAAA